CGCGCGCCCGGCGAAGAGACUACACUUUCAUGGAGGGGGCGGAGGCGGAGGAGCGGGAGUGGGCCGCCUUGGCCGGGGACCUGCUGGCCCUGGGGUAUGAGGGUUUCCCAGAGGGGGCGUCGCCGGGCCCCUCGUGCCCAGACUUCAGGGCGCUGUGCGCGCGGCUGGCGGCAGAGCUGGCGACGCUGGACGCCCUGGAGCGGGAGAAAGAGGAAGGCACGGAGGCACUGAGCGCCGGCGACGGUCCCGGCGCCGAGGAGGAAUUCCUGCGACAGUUGGCCGGCCUUUUGCGGGAGUUGCACUGCCCCGAUCGAGAGCUCUGCGGCAGAGACUGCGCAUCCUCCCUGCGGAAGCCGGGCGCGCGCCUGCGCCUGCUGCGCUUUCUCUGCUCGGAGCUCCAGGCAGCCCGCCUACUCCGCCUGCACCCCAGGCUGGAUCCCAGCCUUGAGCCAUCCGGUGGAGAGUGGGCAGGGGAGGGGGCAGAGGAGGAAUCUGGCCUGGUCCAGGAACUGGUGCUUACUCUCCAAGCCCUGGGACUGCCCAGACCUCCGCGGGGGACCCCCGCCAGCCAGCUGCUGCGGGAGUUGCAUGCCAAGAUCUCAGAGCUGCUGCCUUCCCUGCCCCCAGGGUUCCUGCAGCCUCUUCUCAGCUACCCGCUGGAUGCCCCCAGAUGGGAAGCGCUGGAGUCUCUCUCACAAAGCCUGCAAGAUCAGUACUGCUGCCGCCGCUGCCUCCUCCUCAAGCGCCUGGACCUCACAACAUCUGCUUUCCACUGGAGUGAGCGAGCAGAGGCCCAAGGAGAGGCCAUGAAGGCAGUGCUAAUCCCAAUUCGAGAGGUUCUGACCCCGGAAUCGGAUGUCUCCAUUGCACAUGUCCUGGCUGCCCGAGCUGACCUGUCUCGCCUUGUCCCCGCCACUAGCAAGACCGCCCGCCGAGGGACCUGCUGUGCUAUCAACAAGGUGCUCAUGGGCAGCGUGCCAGACCGGGGGGGCCGCCCAGAUGAGCUGGAGCCUCCCAUGCCCAGCUGGCAGAGCAGAAGAGAGGACGGAGGCGGGCGGAAGGCAGGCCGCCAGUGCUGGGGCCACAAGAAGAAGAAGAAGUGAAGGGGGACUGGUGGUUGGGGGAGGGGGGCCUCCCUGAGAUGCUGACCUUAAUACCCUGAGUUGUCACUCUGAGGGUCUCUCCUGGCAUCUGGCACCCCAGCCUGAGGCCCCAGUUGUCCUCCCCCAUCUACCAUUCAACACCAAGGACCAUGUUCUUUGGAAAAUAAAUUUAAUUUAUGACA